AUGUCCGGUUUUGCAAUCAACGGCGUCUACCCAGAGUUCAAAGGGGAAACUCCUUAUAUGCCCGAAGACUUCGCAGACCAAUAUCCCAACGAUCCUGAGAGACAGAAGCAAGCAGCCGAUCGCAAGAACCAGGCCAUGGCUCANAGAAAAGAGAAGAAGUCGCACUCGUCAUUUGCAGAGACUGCUAAAGGACUGUUCAAAAGGAAGAGUCACGGAGGAAGCGAAGAUAUCGAGCUUGUGAAUGAGCAGAACAAGUGA